AUGGACCGUGACGGCAAAUCUGAGGCAGUGACCAAAGGUACUUCGUCGCAUUUGUUGACAUUCCAACAAAAGACCUUUGGGGACCGAUGUCGCUCCGAAGAUUCGUAUUCCACUUCUACUUUCACGAAGGGGUCUGUAGACGACAAUGGUAGAAACAAUAGCUUGAAUGAUGUAAAAAACUUUUCAAAAACAAUUGAGUACACCAGUUUAGAAGAAAAGACCAAAUGCCCGACUUUGCUGAACGGUCUUCAGCGCAGGAUCAUCAACUCUAACGGCGUGGCUGAGGCUGAGAAAGAAGACUGCCAGACGCGGAGCCACACACAAAUAUCAGCUAAUACUUCUGUAGAUAGCGAACACACAAGUAAAUAUGUUAUGAAGAAGAGUUUUGAUGAAUACAGCCCUCAGGAAGACGUAGCGAAGAGCAUAUCCUUACCCAGUUUUCCUCACCCGACCCAUGAAAAGGAGGAGGAAAGUAAUGAGGAGACAUCUAAAUUGCAAAACUGGAGUUUCAAGUAUCAAGGAAAUUCGUAUAGCAUCCCAAUCGUCAAUGUCUUACACUCACUAGAGCUUAAAGAAACUGCUAAGCAUGAAAGCCAUGAACAUAAUACUUUGGAUUCAGUACUUCCUCAUUCCAAGGAUGAGAGUGAAUAUGGUAAUGUCAUCAUGGACCACGUGGGUAGCUACUGUGGUUAUAAAGUGUUCAACAAAGGCGAUGUUAUGAUGCAGCACAAGACUCCAGUGCUUAAUGGGGUCAUCCAGAGGGUGAACGGUGUGAAGAGCGACUUUAUUGUUCAAACAGAGGAUGGCUCAACCAUGCCUAGAUGGCAAAAGAUUUUAUACGAGAGACAACCUUUUGAGGAUAAUUAUGUCGACCCUCUUCAGUUUCUUGAGGAGCUUCGCCAAAAUGAACACCUCAAAACUUAUGAAUAUACUGAGGUUGUCAAAAAUACCUUUGCGAUCACACAGCAAAUCUCAAUUGUUAUCUUAUUCGCAUGCGCUUUUUCGAUGCUAUUGAAUCAAACGGUGAACCAUUACACGAUUCUUUAUGUAGACCUGGCCGUAUUCCUUGUGGCUUUUGCCGUAUACCUGCAGCUUCAAGCCGUGAAAGCCAAUCACACGAACACACAGGAUUAUGGGCUCAUUCAUCUGUCGCAGAUACCUCAAGUGGCGAGUUCUAGCCGCGAGAAAAAGGACGCGCGAAUGGGUGGGCGCCAUAACAGUGACCUGAACCGAGCUAGUCCUAGACCUGAUAAUGUCUCCAAUGGGAUGAAGCACCGGAGUAUGAACCUGAAGCGUGGGCUUUCCGCGAGCAUCGGCCACAACGGCAACCCCUCUUUUCAUGGUGAAACGAAACUUGCAAAGCCCAGGCUCCCCUACGCAGACAGCGCGUUUAGUUUCUUUCGUAAGACAAUUGGUGUUGGGACGCUGGUGGUGCUAUUAACUUCUAUCUUAAGCACCUUAACUGUGAGUUAUUCCAAUGACACUAUUGUGGCUCUCAGCAUCUUUACGAUGUCUUUGCAUGUGUUGACGGCAGAUUACAGCUAUUUGAAUGCAUAUACAACUGACUUUUCACCCAAUCUUUCAGUUAAUGCCGCUUCGUUUGGUGUGAUUAUGAUGGCUUCGCGUAUCCCCAAUCCUCUCGAUAGCGGGGCACUGAUUGCAUUUGGAACGUUUUGCUUUUCUUUGAGUCCUAUAGUACGACAUUUUGUGAGGCGGACCUCUUUUACCGCCCAUGUUGCCCUUACAUUUCUUUUAUUUGGGAUCGAUACUGGUUGUUUACUGACAAUUCCCGUUUUAGUGAUACUCUACGUUACGUGCAUAUUAAUGAUAUCUUUUGUGAUCCCCUGGUGGUUCGUUUCGUUGCAUAGCAGUGUCAAAGAUCAAAUCAACGGACCGUGGGACGAGGCAAAACCAACUAACAGUGCAGCGGCAGCGGAGUGGGCAAAUGCUGGCCUUUUGUCCUAA